AUGGCGGACCUCCGGCCUGGGAUCUACGCGGCCCGUACUUGUGAGGGUGAAACUGCCCUCGGCGUGCUGUCGGCAGUCAGCAUGGGCCCGUUCGCGCCCAAGCAGCAGCAGCAGCCGCCGCAGCUCAUGUUCGCCACCACCUUCCUGCCGAGGGGAGCGGCCGGGCAGCACUGGGUUGCCAACUUGGCCCCCGCGGGGGAGGACGCGCUCGGGCGCGCCCGCUUCGCGCUCGAGGGGUGCCCGGAGGACCUGCACCUCGUCCGCGCCG